AUGGCGACCUCAGUAACAAGUGAUGUUCAAGUCAUACCGUUUCAUAACUGUAAAGGAUGCAUAGACAAGAUGAAAAAGGCAUUCCGUAAACUUAAUGGUGUGGAGUUGAUAGGAAUGGACCCUGAGAUUGGGAUAUUUACAAUUUCAACCCUUGAGAAUCUUGAAGGAAUCAGGGCUGCACUUCAGAAGAAAUUCCGUAAGAAAUCUAUUAUUUUGUUGCCAGGGCCACUGCCACCACCGCCGCCACCAACAGAGCCAUCGGCUCCACCCAUGGCAAUAACUCCUGAAGAAGAUUACUAUGUUAUUGGUUAUCCUAUUGACUUAACAACUACCGAAGAAGAUUACUAUGUUAUUGGGUAUCCUGUUGACCCUUAA